AUGAAUCGCUGCUGGGCGCUCUUCCUGUCUCUCUGCUGCUACCUGCGUCUGGUCAGCGCCGAGGGGGACCCCAUUCCUGAGGAGCUCUACGAGAUGCUGAGUGACCACUCGAUCCGCUCCUUUGAUGACCUCCAGCGCCUGCUGCACGGAGACUCCGUAGAUGAAGAUGGAGCUGAACUGGACCUGAAUUUGACCCGGUCCCACUCUGGAGGAGAGCCAGAGAGCUUAUCCCGAGGGAGAAGGAGCCUAGAUUCCCUGACAGUGGCUGAGCCAGCCAUGAUUGCCGAGUGCAAGACACGCACAGAAGUGUUCAAGAUCUCCCGCAACCUCAUCGACCGCAGCAACGCCAACUACCUGGUGUGGCCGCCCUGCGUGGAGGUGCAGCGCUGCUCCGGCUGCUGCAACAACCACAAGGUGCAGUGCCGCCCCACCCAGGUGCAGCUGCGACACGUCCAGGUGAGAAAGAUUGAGAUUGUGCGGAAGAAGCCAACCUUUAAGAAGGCGACAGUGACCCUGGAGGACCACCUGGCAUGCAGGUGUGAGACAGUGGUUGCUGCACGACCUGUGACCCGAAACCCAGGGAGUUCUCAGGAGCAGCGAGCAGCCAAGACGCCCCAAACUCGGGUGACCAUUCGAACGGUGCGAGUCCGCAGGCCCCCCAAGGGGAAGCACAGGAAGUUCAAGCACACGCAUGACAAGAAGGCACUGAAGGAGACCCUGGGAGCCUAGGGGCAUCUGCAGGAGAGCGGGCAGGGUUAUUUAAUAUGGUAUUUGCUGUAUCGCCCCCAUGGGGUCCUUGGAGUGAUAAUAUUGUUCCCCUCGUCCGUCUGUCUCGAUGCCUGAUUCGGACGGCCAAUGGUGCUUCCCCAACCCCUCCACGGUCCAUCCGCCCUCUGCCAGUGGGUGUCCUCUCAGUGGCCUCCAGCGUCUUGCCCGGAAACUAGAGAAGGAGAAGCUUGGAAGGAAAUGAAGGAUCUGGACUCCACCGAGGUCUUCUUCCCCCUCGACCCCGAGGAUCUGGGAUAAGAGUGCAAGAGGGACUGACGGGGAAAGGGCCUCCCUUCCCCAGGGCCUGGCCAGGCCCCCCUGAGCGCUGUGGACUGGCUCGAAGGACCCUGCCCAUGGCCCUGAGGACCUCUCCGCGCGGCCUGGACCCCCAGUCGGCUCUGAGGGGAACACCCUGGGGCAGGCCAGCGUGCCUCCUACUCCUGGGGCCAGACCAGGUGGGGGAGCACAGACUGGGGAAAACCCUCCCGACAGUGUCCAGGCCCAGUCACCUCUCCCUGGUCACCUCUGCGCACCUGGCUUUCUUUCAUGUUAUACGUAUGGAAUCUUCGAAGAUGUGAACUCUUCCGGGCAAGUGUGGCCUGAGCACCAGGCAGCCAAGUGCCCUCUCAGAUGGGUUAGAGAUGAAGUUUGCUCUGGAGGUGGGUGAAGAUGGUGACCUGGGCGUCCACUGCCUCCUCCCGCUCCCCCCUUUCACUUCCUCCUGUUUCGCCUCUCUGCCUCCACCCUGCAUCUCCCUCUUCUCCUGGCCCUGACGUCUGCUCCACCAAGGGGAGCACCCCUUAUUGAGGUCCUGAUGACCCCAGUGACUGCUCCCGAGGGCAGAAGGCCAGGGGCCAGCGCAGCAGGGGCCUGCCCAUUGUACCCCAGCCCAGCCAAGACUACCCUGCAAGGGUGUGCAGGGUGCGCACUGCAGGCAGGGACCACUGCUCACGUCGGAGACACGGCCAGUUUGUAUAUUUAUUAUGACCGUUUCCUGGCAGAUGGAGGUACAGUGUCUUGAGGAAGGGGCUUCUUUCCCUGACACCAAUGCUCGUGUGGACGGGCUGUGCCCCUGACCCAACCCAUGGCUUGGAGUGGUCGGAGUGAGCUCGUGGUGGAGGGCGGGGAGGUAACACGUUAUGCAUCGGGCCUCCGUUUCCCCAAGUCCUCAGCUCAAGCAGUUCCCCUUCCAGGAAGGUGUGAACAACCCAAGAGGAAGUCUCCAAGGGCGGGGCAGUCCUUGUGCCCCUGCACGCUCCCUCAUCUAGACCCUUUGGGGCUCCACCUCUGGUGGCUCCUGCCAGGAAGCAGCUCCUGGGCUGGGAGUGGGGAGGAAGGGAGAGGAUCCAGGUCCCCUGGGGGUGGGCUCCGAGCUCCCGCCUCCCCUCCCACCUUCCACUGCACUUUCCCCUCCCCCUCGCCCCAAUCUGCUUCCUUCAGUUUGUAAAGUCGGUGAUUAUAUUUUUGGGGGCUUUCCUUUUAUUUUUUAAAUGUAAAAUUUAUUUAUA